AGAUGAGUUGUCGAGCAGGAAAAAAGUUAUUUCAAUGGUCACGGGUCAAGUCGUCAACAGAAGAAAUUGUAAAACAACUAACUGUUCCAUUACGAGAACAUGCCGAACCAAUACUCACGUUGACGCCCGAACAAAAAAGAGAAGCAGUCAGACUAAAAAUUCAAGAGAUUGAACACACAAAAGGCCAGCCACCAUUUUUUGACAUGUUUAUGAGAGAGCACACUUAUUUGAGGAUAUCGCUAACGGAAAAAUGCAACUUCCGUUGUCUUUACUGCAUGCCAGCCGAAGGUGUUCCUCUCAAGCCCAAAGACAAAAUGCUCUCAAACAGUGAAGUAUUAAGACUUGUAAAGUUAUUCGCUGCACAUGGCGUUGACAAAGUUAGACUGACAGGAGGUGAACCGACUAUUAGAAAGGAUAUUGUGCAUAUUGUUGAAGGGAUCUCAUCUACUCCAGGAAUCAAAGAAGUUGGUAUAACUACAAAUGGUCUUGUUUUGCAGAGAUUUUUACCACAGUUGAGAGAUGCCGGAUUGACAAAAAUAAACAUCAGUAUUGAUUCCCUUGAUCGUGAAAAAUUUGCCAAAAUGACAAGACGUGACGGAUUUGAUAAAGUUUGGAAAGCAAUUGAAUUAGCGAGAGGUUACUACCCAAAAGUUAAAUUAAACGUAGUUGUUCUUAAACACCAAAACGAGAACGAAGUUGUUGAUUUUGUUAAUCUUACUAAAGAUCGUAACCUAGACGUCCGUUUCAUAGAGUUCAUGCCUUUUGGGGGUAAUGAGUUCAAAAAUGACAAUUUCAUUGGCUAUCGAGAGAUGCUUAAUUUAAUUGUUGAUAAAUACGGAGAUGGUGUAAUACGGUUAUCCGACUCACCGAAUGACACAACCAAAGCGUAUAAGAUUGAUGGAUUCCAAGGACAAUUUGGGUUUAUCACCUCGAUGUCAGAUCACUUUUGUAACACUUGCAAUAGGCUGAGAAUAACAGCUGAUGGAAAUUUGAAAGUAUGCCUCCAUGGAAAUUCCGAAGUAAGUCUACGUGAUAGAAUUCGUUGUGGCGACUCUGACGAACAGCUUUCCGAGGUCAUUCAAAAAGCCGUUAACAACAAAAAAGCUAGACAUGCCGUUUUCAGGAAUGGACGCUCUGAAGAACCUGCCAAAUCGUCCAAUGAUUCUUAUCGGGGGCUAACUCCUGUAACAUCCGCAUCUUCUAUACUUGUUCACUUACCAUCUAGUUCGCUUUAUCAUAGUCACUUGCAUUCUUCUCGUCACUUUUUUAUUUCUCAAAUUCGAUGUUUCUCGACAACCUACUCAGUGUCUUCAAUUACUCAUUUGCUCACUCAUGUGGACAACAAUGGCAACGCAAAACAAGUUGACGUCUCUCAAAAAGAUACCAGCACAAGAACAGCUGUGGCAAGAGGAACAAUCAUUCUGACCGCUGAGAUAUCCCGCCAAAUAUCUGAAAAUACCAUCAAGAAAGGAGAUGUCUUAACCGUUGCCAAGAUUGCAAGCAUUUUGGGUGCAAAACAAGUUGCAAAUCUGAUUCCAUUAUGUCAUCCAAUACGUCUUGAUUUUGUGGACACCGUAUUUAAUCAUGAUAUUGAAAACUCAAAACUUCAUUGCAUUUCAACUGCCAGGUGCAGUGGAAAUACUGGAGUUGAGAUGGAAGCAUUGACUGCUUGUACUAUUGCCUUACUAACUGUUUAUGAUAUGUGUAAAGCAAUAAGUCAAAAAAUGAUGCUCACCAAUAUUUACCUUGUGCACAAGUCGGGAGGCAAAACAACGUAUACAAUUGACAAUGAAAAUCAGAUUUGAACCACUAGUCACUUUCACUUUUCUCUUAUAUACAUAUUGCAUUGAUUUAAUAAAGUUGAUUUAUUUUAAUUUC